GGAUGGCAGGCAUCUACCGGGUUGACACGUAACUGAAGUUAAAGGUGCCAUGCAGGCCUUGUUGGAGAUAUCGGACUUGACUUUUUUCGUAAAACUACUAUAGGUAUCGUCGGAGUAAAAAAAAGAGGAAGGGGCGAGUUUAGUUUGUAUCGCUACAUCUCGGCAAAUUGCCCCACAGUAGUCAAAGUGGAAAUCUGAGCGACCACAAAUUUGGAGUGAAGCGAAGAAGAACGCCGCGAGUGUUACCGUGCCGAAAGUAAUGUUUGCGUCAACUAGUCUCGUCUGCGUGAAAAUGUCUCUGGAGUGAGGGGUGACGUUGCGAGUUGAGUCGGGAAGUUUCUAGCGGCAGAGACGGAGCUUACUCGCUCGGGCGGUGGGGAGGGGCGCGGGUCCAACAUGGGAAACGGUGUGUGCUCGCGGAGGCAACGGAGGAUUUUCCAGUGUCUGCUACUCGUCACAGUGGUCUGCGGAAUGAUGUACGGCGGCAUGGUGUCGUACGAGACGCAUAAGGACCUGAAGAGGACACAAACAAUGGCGCUGAAAUACCAGCAACACCAAGAGUCUCUGUCGGCUCAGCUCCAAGUGGUGUAUGAGCAUCGCUCAAGACUGGAGAAGUCUCUUCAGAAGGAGAGGUUAGAGCACAAAAAGGCCAAAGAAGAUUACCUGGUGUUUAAACUUGAGUCACAGCAGUCACUGAACAAGGAGAAGCAAGAUUCCGGCAGCAAACUGAGCUCGCUGCACGUGCAACAUCAGAUGCUCAAGAACCAGCAUGACGACCUGAAGAAGCAGUAUUAUGAUCUGCAGGAGCAGCAUCAAAUGCAGGGAAAUGAUCACAGUCGACUGCUAGAUGAGCACAGAGAGCGCUACGAAAAAAUGCAGCAGAUCAAAGACAAGGAGGUGGCCCAGCUGAAAGAAAAUGUAUAUAACCUCAGAGAGGAAAAUAAGCAGCUAAGGAAAGCCCACCAUGACAUUCACAUGCAACUGCAGGAUGCUCAGGUGAGGCAUCAAGACCUGAAGACAUCACACGAUCAGAUCGCACUGACACUAGAAGAUCACAAGAAUGCGCUAGCGGCAGCUCAGAUGCAAGUGAAUGAAUACAAAGAGAUGAAGGAAUCCCUGAACAAGGCACAAAACUUGAGACAGCCUGAGCAAAACACUGUGCUCCAGCAACCAGAUCCCAAGUCACAGCAGGCAAAUAAGGAGAUUCCUGUCCUCAAAGAGGAUCGCCAGGAGACUGAGUCCAGGUUGGACCAGCAAGCAGAGGAGGAGGCCCACGCUCAGUCCAAGGUCCAGUCUCACCCUACAGUGUCGCAGCACACUUUGUCAGAGAAGGAGGAGGAUGGAGAUGCAGAGAGGAAGAGGGAGCUGGCUGAGGAGGAGAUGGCCCAAGCAGGACAGCCUCAAAAGCUAGAGGAGGAGGACCCGGAUCAGCAGCUGGAGGAGCAACGGGAAGAAGAGGAAGGAGAGUCAGAACUGGACCAGCCAGAUGAGAAUGCGUUGGACAGCCAGCGACAUCAGCUGCAACAUAAGGAAGUCCAGCCACAGCAAGAGGCGCAUGAUCAGAUGGAGGGCGCCAAGUCCGCUUACGAGCAGCAGAAGGAGCAGCAGCGCCUGGAGGCUCGGAAGGCUGAAGAGCGCCGGGUGAUCCAGAUGCGACAGGAUUCCCUGCAGUCCCAGAGAGUGAAGCUUCUGAGGGAGAGGGAGGCCAAGCUGAAGGAAGAGCAGGAGAGGGAGAAGCAGCAGCAUCAGGAGGCAGACCGACGGGAGCAGCUGCUAAGAGAGGAGCACCAAAGGAAGAAGGUUGAGUAUGAAAACAUGGACCAUAAUAUAGAUCAACAAAAACAAGAGCAUCACAAUGACAAUGAAGAUGAGAAACAUUCUCUCUUGUUACACGAGGACAUGAAGGUGCCUCAACAUCAGCAGGGUGCCAUCGGUGGUGGCGAGCUGGACCCUGAGGAUGACCCCAACAACCAGGGAGAGGACGAGUUCGAAGAAGCAGAAGAAGACCAGUCACAUCACCGGGUUACUGAGGAUGAAGAGGUGGUGGAGGAGGAAGAAGAGGAGGAGGUGGCAGCGCACGCUCAGCACGUAGACUCACACCAAGGCCCCGAGCAUCCUGCUGUGGAGGACGAGUUGGUGAUUGCUGGAAACCCGGAUCAACAGGAAGACAAUCUAGAUGACCAGUACCAAGAGGAAGCUGAGGAGGAGGCUCAGGAGGACAUUGCUGGGGGGGAGAAGAAGGGAGAGGACCAAGUUGAGGAGGAUGGAGAGGACACAUACAAUGAGGAGAACAUGGAACAGGGACCACACAAGGAGGAGGCUCACGGCAAAGACAUAGAGGAAGAGAAUUAUGAGGAAGAGGAUGCUGAGGAAGAGGGACCCGGUCGAGAGAAGGGAACCAUUCAACGGGCAGAAAUGUAAGACGGAAAUAAACACUGAGAGGUUCUUCUUCCUCGUUCCUAAAAAGGAAGCCAACAGCCAUCCAGUCAAGACUCCAAGAAGGACGAUUGGGAUAGGACGUCCGGAGAUGGAGAAGGCUUGUGGCAGAACUGAUCCGCUUUCACUGUGCAAUUGGACAGAAUGUGGAGAUGGUUUUAUAUGCUGUACGUUGUUGUUGUUUUCAUAUUCACAGCAUCUGUUUUAAAUGCACACCUGCAUAGAAUGUACUUUCAUCAAGAUGACCAUGUCAAGGAAGAAAAGAUAAAUUAGUAUUCUUUGGAUAAAAAAGGCAACAGUUAAAUGUACAUCUGGGAUUCCAAUCAAUCAAGUGCUUGUUUUUUUUUUUAUUUAUUGUUGAUUGAUUGUGACACCUUUGACAAUCAAACAAGGUGCAACUCAUGACUGAGUUUGUCAUGCCGACGUGUGCCUUUCUAUUCCUAUGGGUCUUCUAAGUCAUUUUGCAGUUCUGACUCCAUAAUAUAGAAAAAAAGAGAGGUCAUCGUUAGCAUGUGAACUAGCAAAUUCUGCUUUAUGCAAUGUUAACUAGUCAAUGAUUUCAACAAAUUCAUGCAAUUUUUAUUACAAUCUACAGUAAAAUAUGUGCUAUUUGUAUAUUUUUCAACUGUAUUUGAAACAAAAGUGUGGUUUUAAUGAAUCAUGUUUUGUCAACUUAAUCUUGUAUGUGGAAUAAAGAAGAUUUCAGUUGUGUAUAA